AAUCGACCUUGCAGUCGACUCGUAACAAACUUGAGCAGUGUGCACAGUUAGAUUCGGCGCAUUAAGGUGCUCGAAAAACUAAAGUUAAUCCUCAAAUUAAUUUCACCUUGAUCAUCUGUAUACUCGAAAUGUCGGAUACAAAUUUUAAAAGCCUAGAAGACACAUUAAGUAAGCACAUUCCUGCGGAAGAACUGCGCGAUGUGAAACGGCUGCUUUACGGAAGACCAGAAGACAACGAGCUACCCUUUUCUGAGGAAACUAUUUCUCUUGCAAAGGACGUCGAUGUGGACCUAAAGGGAUAUAUAUUCACUGCUCGAAAAGAGGAUUUGCGACGGCCCAGGGUUGUUCGUGUUGCUGCUAUACAGAAUACUGUCGAUAUACCCACCACUGCACCGAUUCAUGUUCAACGUGAUGCAUUACAUGAAAAAAUUGCAAAUAUCUUGCGCGUUGCGGGUUCUGCUGGGGUAAACAUUGUGUGUCUCCAGGAAGCAUGGACUAUGCCUUUUGCAUUUUGCACGCGCGAAAAGUUCCCUUGGUGUGAAUUCGCCGAAGACGUCGAAAACGGACCUACUACGAAGAUGCUAAAGGAGUUGGCUAAGCAGUACAAUAUGGUUAUUGUCUCACCUAUUUUGGAGCGCGAUUCUAAUCACCAUGACACGAUAUGGAACACUGCCGUGGUGAUCUCGAACAAUGGUGCUUACAUUGGCAAACAUCGCAAGAAUCACAUUCCUCGCGUAGGAGAUUUCAACGAAUCAACGUACUACAUUGAGGGGGACACUGGUCAUCCAGUGUUUGCGACACAAUUCGGUCGCAUUGCAAUCAACAUUUGCUACGGGCGUCAUCAUCCUCAGAACUGGCUGAUGUUUGGUAUUAACGGAGCCGAGAUUGUGUUCAAUCCAUCCGCUACGGUUGGAGGACUUAGCGAACCACUGUGGGGUAUCGAAGCGCGUAAUGCCGCGAUUGCAAAUAGUUACUUUACGGUGGCAAUCAAUCGAGUCGGUACGGAAGUGUUUCCUAAUGAAUUCACCUCGGGUAACGGACUUCCGGCCCAUAAAGACUUCGGUCCAUUCUACGGCUCGUCUUACGUAGCGGCACCAGACGGUUCGCGGACGCCAGGUCUUUCGCGAGAUAAGGAUGGAUUGCUUGUAGUCGAGAUGGAUUUGAACCUAUGUCGACAGGUCAAGGAUUUCUGGGGGUUUCAAAUGACUCAACGCCUGCCAUUGUAUGCCGACAGCUUAGCCAAAGCUAUUAAACCGGAUUACAAACCUCCUACUGUCAGAGAAUCAUGAAAACACCAACGAAAGUGUGAAAAAUUGUCGUUAAAAUGAUCCCAAUGGGGUUUUGGUUAAUACAAAGUUCAUACAUCAGUUCAAGUCAUGAUCAUGAUCGAGUCAUGAUCGAGAUCACAUGCUACAAUUCUUAAAAUAUAAUUCGAUUGAUCUUGACAAACAUAAUGUUAUUUUACAAAGUCUGCUGGUCAACUUCUCUGAAAAAAAUAUUUGGGAAAAAAUACGGCAUAGACCGUUCCUCUAAGAUUAAAAAUAAAUAU